AUGGCAUCUGUCGACAUCAAGCACGAUUACAGCAUGGAAGCAGGACUGUUGAACACUGACCGAGAAGAGAGAAUUAUGUCGUCCAAGGAAGCACUCCUCCAGGAUUCGGAAUCUGCCCAGCCCCAACCAAGGACAAUCACCAAAAGGAUAUCUCCAGCUGGCAAGGCCUUGAUUGCAUUGGCUGCUUGCUGUCUUCUGGGCGUCGGCGUAGCAUCUAUCGGAGGUGCUACUCGUCUCUGUCCUGGUCACCUUCGCCAUGGGGAUGUCAUUGGAAAGCAUGACAUGAACGCCCACCAACCAAACCUUUCCGAGUCUAUGGCCCAGAUGGUUCGACGGCAAAACACACCAGGAGCUACCGCCACUGAUCAGGCCACUGAGCCAACCGACGAUGCUUCUGUGCCCGCGUCUGUUCCCGCGUCUGAUGCUGCUUCUGAUGCAGCUUCUGAUGCAGCUUCAGAUGUUCCCUCAAACAAUCCCACCAACGUCGUCUCAAACACCGCGGCUGCUACUGCCGAGGAACCAACCGUCAAUGAGCCAACGGAUAAUGCCAGUGAGACUGCGGUCCAGCCUUCAGCUACCCCCGAUGAGCCAUCUCAGGAGCCCAGCGAUUCCGCCACAGACAAGGCAUCGGAGACUCAGAAACAACCAUCUGCCACGAGUGAGCCAUCCUCACCCUCGCGCCCUGCGAGCACACAACUUGAUGAACCCACAUCUAACCCGGAUACAGACCAACCCUCCUCCACUGCCCAGGAUUCUGCCACUGAGGAGGCUUCUGCAACUGAAACUGAAGCGGAACCCACUCAGCCUGCGUCCACUGCUGCUUCUACCCAGCGGUCUACUCAAAGGACUACUGCGACUCAGCCCGAGUCUACCAAGGAGUCCAGCCCCGACUCGACCACCGAUGAUUCCGAGGCCACUGCCACUGGUACGUCCGUUUUGGAAGAGGAUCCUUCCGAGACUGUUCCCUCUUCUCGUGCUUCAACGUCCAAACCUUCCUCUCCUAGUGCUGUAACCUCCACUGCUGCCAGUACGUCUACUCAAAGAACCUCUUUGCCUGAUACUUCCUCUAUUUCUGAAUUACCGUCCGAGACGGUUUCUUCGGGUGAGACUAUUCAAUCCACCGCCCUUGAUGAUGCCUCCACUGCUGUCGACACUACCACCACUCCCUCCUCCACCCGAGCCACUACCGUUCUCUCCGACUUGAGUUCUGAGCUGGCUUCUAAGCCAACUUCUGAGACAAGUCAAGAGGCAGACACAGCCUCCCAGGCUUCAGAGGCGACAGAGACGAGUACCGACCAGGAAACCGAAACUCAGACAGAUGAGGCUACGCAGACCACAGAUGAGUCCGCAAGCGAGACUGCGACGGAGACUGAAUCUGAACGACGAACUGUCACCGGAACAGGCACCAAGCGAACAUCAAGCGCUGUGCCCAAGACGUUCACUUCAACUCUCGAGGAUGGCGGUAUCACCACUUUGACUUCGACUUCAUGGGUUGAGGUUGUCCCCUCAGCUGAGGCCACCGGCAGCAGUGACCCCGGACUCCAGAACGGAGCUCCUCGAUCCGUCGGUUCAGUUCUCGGUGCCGUUGUCGGUAUGGUUUUCGGUGGCUUCAUUCUUCUGUAA